AUGUCUUGCUCAUCUGACAUGCUGCAGUUUAUCUUUCCCACCCACGGGAGUGCUGCUCUCAGCAAAAUGAACCUGCUGAGAGAGGAGCAUCUCUUCUGUGAUAUCACUCUCAUCCUUGGGGGGCCUCAGGGCUCCAGCGUCCAGCCUGUCUCUUUCCACGGCCACAAAGUCGUGCUCGCAGCAUCCUCUGACUUCCUUCGGGACCAGUUUCGGUUCCACGAGGGUCGGACGGAGCUGAGUGUGGCUGUGGUUUCUGAUGUGAAUGUUGCUCAGAUGCUGCUCCUGACCUGCUACACUGGGUUUCUACAGGUUCCUUUUAAAGAGCUGGUGAGCUACCUGACUGCUGCCAGCGCCCUCCAGAUGAACCAGGUGGUGGAAAGGUGUGCCCAGGCCGUUUCCCAGUACCUCAGCCCCAUCCUGGCCUUCCUGAAAUUGGAGGGAGCCUCAGGACAAACGGAAAUCCAGCAGCUGGACGGCAGCUGGCCCGGCACCAGCCUCGAAGCAGAGGAGGAAAAGGAUGCGGCCCGGCCCAACAUGAACAUCCAGGACACAGACACACAAGGCGGGGGAGCAGACGGGACUCAAGAUACAAGAGUAAUAAAGGUUGAGGUAGCAUCAUCUGAAGAGACAGCAUGUUGUCUGAACACUCUGGAGUCAGAGGAAGGUGAAAGCAUUCACCCUUUGCAAACAAACAACACCAUGUUUCCUGUUCAUCCCACUGCAGGGACUCUCAAGUGUAAGAUCCACCCUCCGGCCAUUUUCCACGGCCUCGUUUCCCCUGGUGUCGGUACAAGUUCUGCACGCAGUGUAGAUCAGGUGGAGAGUCCCCAGAACCGACAGGAAGCAGAAGCAGAAGAGGAGAAUAUGCAUGUGUCAGUGGUUCAAGUGCAACAAGGUGCAAAAGAAAACAUUUCUGAUUUACUCUGCCACUCCGCAGCAGCUCUGUCAAACAGUGCUGUUGCUGCAGCAGACAGUGCAGAGGCAUUCGUUCAGAGGCCAUACCUGUGCAGGAGGUGUGACAGAGUCUUCCAGCACUUUAGAAGCUACGUCAGUCACCUGAAGGAGCACAGACAGUUCUCCUGUUUGCUCUGUGGGAAAGAUUUUUCUCAGAAAAGUCACCUGACGCACCACAUAAGCGCCCACGGCGGCGCCAGGCCUUUCAGAUGCCCGCUGUGCCACAAGCUGUUCAUCCAGAGGAGCACCCUGCAAGACCACCUCUCCCUGCACACAGGGGGCAGGCCCCAGAGGCUGCCUGCUCACGAGGCAGGUCUCUGA